ACGAGAUUUCACGUGACGUCAUCAUGGCCACUGGAAGCUGAUUGUAUGUUGAUCUUCGAAAAAUAUUAUCAGAUGUGUUUCGGAGUUAUCAAAUUUGUGGUUUAAACUUAUUUUGAAUGCUUCGAAAUUCUAUUAAUAACCGAAAACGCCUUUACAACAACAUUUUCGAUCACAUUUGACGAGUGGGGAGCUUAGAAUGUCCCGUCAUGAAGGUGUAAGUUGUGAUUCAUGCAUGAAAGGCAAUUUUCGUGGCAAAAGAUACAAAUGUUUGAUAUGCUAUGACUAUGACCUCUGUUCCACUUGUUAUGAUGCUGGUGCUACCACAACAAGGCAUACUACAGACCAUCCAAUGCAGUGUAUUUUAACUAGAGCAGAUUUUGAUGUAUUCUAUGGUGGGGAAGCCCUAACUGCAGAGCAGCCACAAUCUUAUACCUGUCCACAUUGUUCAAGAAUGGGAUUUUCAGAAUCUAGCCUUCAUGAGCAUGUUUCAGCAGAUCAUUCAGAUACAUCUGCCGAAGUAGUAUGUCCUAUUUGUGCAUCAUUGCCUGGAGGAGACCCCAAUCAUGUGACUGAUGAUUUUGCCUCUCAUUUGACUGUUGAGCACAGGACACCUAGAGAUUUCGAUGAACCACCAGGUUUACGACAUGUACGACGUAUCCCAAACCCAGGCCGUGGUGUAGGUGGGUCUAGGACACGCCGGGCUAAUAUGCAACAUUUUGGUUCAGGAGCAUCAACAUUGACAGGUCUUUCACCCAGUAGUCGCGAGAACAUGGAUCCUAUUGCAGCUUUUUUUCCAGAGCUUUUGUCACAGUUGUCAAGUGUGCGAAGUCGUGCUGCAGCAGCCCAGAGUGUGUCUUCUCAGUUACAGCAGUUGGAGAUGCAGUUGCAAUCUACAAGGUCAGUCAGCAACUACUGGGGGCGAAGCCCCCAGAUCCUGAACCAAGCUACAUUCCUGCAUCAAACUGGAUUCAGAAGCACACCUGACAAUAUCCUCUCAGACAGACAACAAUUGGAAAGAUUACCACGUAGACAAACAGAACCCAGUAAACCACCAACUACAAAUAACACAGUUCCUACUCAACCAGAACCCACUACUAUCCCUGCCACAGUCACCAAAACAGAUUCCCAAUUUCUGCUAGCAAAAUUGUGUGCAGAAAGUUCCGGAUCUGACCUUAGUGCAAAUGCUGGUGAUAGCGAUAUCUCACAGCGCAAUGUAUUUGUACAGGAGUUGCUCCUGGCCACAUUGACAGAGCAACUCAGUUUGUUAACAGAAAGUGAUGGGGAUGAUCCAAGUUCCAUAUUGGAAGCUCUGCGUUCACCAGAAUCUGACGUAGAGCAAGAAGUGUCAACAAUUCAAAAAGAAAACAGGAACACAAAUGAAUCACACAGUAAGCACCGACAUCCUGGAGCUGUGGAUAAAUCUGUGGGGGGAGCUGUAGAAAAAGUAGCUGGUAAUUGUGGGGUGAGGCCAGUGUCUGCUGGUGCUUAUAGAGAAAUUCCUUGGGGUCACGCGGGCAGUGCUGCAUCAGCAGGCACUACUCGUCAAGUUUGUAGUCCUAUCACUGUUCCUAAUACAGUGGCAGUCCAUGGCCCAAACUUGGGCUCUUCUGGUGGAAUUAAUAUGAUGCAAGGCAGGGCUUCAUCUUCUCCACACGGGGGUAGGGAAAGGAAUAUAAACCCCGCCUCUGUGAAAAGAAGCAUGCUCAAACACAUGCCACCCCAGCGAGGAGCUUCUGAUACAGAUCCACCACCUCACUAAUCUUUAUGUUAGACGCUGAGGACUUUCAUAUCUUUCUAGCUAUGUACCAAGCUUAGAGGAUCGAUUCUGCCAUCAAUAAAUUAUUUUAAAUAUAUGAAAUAUAAACAUCCAUUUCUGUUUGUAUCAAAAGAUUUUCGUUAUUGCACCUGAUGGCUGCUUUCUUACUUUUUUUUGUGUGAAUAAAAUUAGGCUAAGGGUAGUGUUGUCUGUUCUCAACACUACAGAGCAUCCAAGGUCAGGUUCAUUUCUUUUAUUUCUUUAUUCAUUUUUUCCCUCCCCAUCUUUACUGUUGAAAAUAUUGUUUGAAGUGCAAGCUAGUUUCUUAUAAACGUAAUUGUAAAUACAUUAGGCUUUCCACAUGUGUCUGUUUCAUCUGUGUAUGGAGAACAAAUGGAAGUUAAGGAAUAUAAAUCAUUGUGUUUGGUGUUUUUUUUCAAUGAAACUGUGAUAUUGUAUUUUGUGCUCUGUUACUUUUCCUAAUUAAAGUUUAAACAGUAAGGAAAAAUGGUUACAGGUUUCACUUGAAAGAUUUAUGUUGUCAUUGUUGUUCAUCUUUUUUUUUUUAAAUAUUUAAUUUAAAAAUUUAGGCAUUAUAAGCACAGUAGAACAUAAAGUCACAAUGGUACUGUAAAGUAGCCAAGUAUUUUCUUAAACAGACUUGUGACAGUAGUUAAGGUUGUUAUUUUAGUAGCCACUUUGAAUUUAUCCUAAACAUGAGAUUACUUUACUCUGCAGUGUUUUACUUAAGUCUGCUUAAUUUUGAGAGUUGAGGCAGCUGAGAAAUUUUCAGUUAUUGUACACAAAUAGCACAAUAUAUUCCUGUUUCCACUUGCGUACAUUUUCAUGAAUUAUUUUAUGAAACCUGGGCUCAUCAGUAUAAAAAAUAUUAAAAGUAGUCAAUACACCGUUAUUAAAACUUGUUUUUGAAAGUCAAGCAAACACAAUUUCCUCAUUUUCGCUUGAUAAAGAUUCUAUUUCUGCAGAAUAUUUUUCAAAUAAAAGCUAGAAUUUGCAAAAUAUUUGUUGAAACUACCAGUCGGUAAUUUUAAAAUAACAUUUCUUCAUGCAUGUAAAAAUACAAUUAGCAAUGCUUUAAUUUUCUAAAUUUAUUAAUCUUUUUGAGUCUUUAUUAAAUUUCAGAUGGUAAAAUUUAAAAUGUAUUUGUAAUAAUGUGACAGUGAUAUAUGUACAUAAUACAGAUUACCAAUGUUUUACAGAGGUAGCUUUGUCACAAUGGAAGAAUGGUCCUCUUUGAGAGGAACUUAAAAAAAAGGAACAGUAAAAUAUUUUAAAGAAUUGUUGCUCCCCAUACUUAGUUACUGGAAUAUUUUAAAUGAAGUGAGAGGCAGACACAGGAAGGUGUGAGCAUCAUUGGUGAAUUUUGAAUAAAUUGUGUACACUUAGAUAUGUUA